AUGCAGAGAAAUAUCUCCCAUCCUCCCCAGCCCCUGCCUCCUCCCCCGGGCCCGGCACCGGCGCCUGUCGCCGGCGCCGGCGCCGGCGCAGGCCACGGCGGCCACCAGGCGUGCGCGGCGUGCAAGCACCAGCGGAAGAAGUGCACCGGGAACUGCGAGCUGGCCUCCUACUUCCCUGCUGAGAGGACGCGGGAGUUCGGCCUGGUGCACAAGGUCUUCGGGAUCAGCAACCUCACCAAGAUGCUGAAGGCCAUCGACAGCAUCCCCGACCGGGAGCUCGCCGUCGAGACCUUGACGUGGGAGGCGGAGUGGAGAAAUAUCGACCCCUCCGUGGGCUGCUACAACGAGGUCAUGCGACUAAAGCAUGAGAACGCCGUGCUCCGCGACGUGAUCAGAAGGUGCGGCAACUGCAGCCGUCUGCGCCUGCCGCCGCCUUACCAUCCGCCGCUUCCACCGCCGAAGCGGCACCCGGCUAACGGCGACCACCACAACAAUGGCGGUGGUAACUUGAUGCAUGACAAUGAGGGCAUCAAUAACAACAACGGCAACAUCGAAAAUUUGAUCAACAAUGGCGCCGUCGUCGCAAUGGUACCUCAGCAGAUGAUCAACCAUCCUGUUAACCAUGGAAAUUUGAUCAAUGGUAAUCGUGAUCACCUUUCUCCUAUGUAUAUGCCUCCGCUGGAGAAUGGAAAUGGAGGACAGAGGAACAUUGGUCACGGUGCACUCUAUCUUCCAAACCACAUUAGACGAACAUAG